CUUUAGCCCAUCUGCUGUCACUGACAUCUUACCCUGUGUGGCCUGCAUCAACAUGACAUUCCCUCCAUAUUGUCCAUUACAUGAAGGCCAUGCUGCUAUCUCCUCAGGCUGAGAGAAACUGGGAGGCCCUGUGCUCGGUGCUCCAGGACGUGCUGGAGGAACAGCCCCAUCGGCAGCUCUUUGCCUUGGAGCUGGGAUCUGGAACCGGGCAGCACGUCAUACGCUUUGCCCAGAAGUUGCCCUUUGUCACCUGGCAGCCGUCCGACAUCCAAGAAGAGGCUCGGAGCAGCAUCAAGGCGUACAUUGCCGCCACCAACAUGACGACGGUGCGGCAGCCUGUGCACCUGGAUGCCAGUGAGCCUUGGGACAAGUGGGCGGGGCUUUCUCAUGCCUCCUGUGAUGUCAUUAUUGCCAUUAACUUACUCCAGUACAGCUCCUUUAAAACGGCACAGGGUGUUUUCAACGGGGCAGGUCAGAUCAUCAAGCAAAAUGGCCUUCUGAUUACAUAUGGGGCAUACGCAGUUAAUGGCACCAUUACACCACAAUGUAACCAACUCCUGGAUGAAGAGCUUCGUAAAAGGAAUGCUGAGUGGGGACUUCCUGAUAUUGAUGUGCUCAGACAGUUGGCCUACAGUAACGGGAUGCGUAUGGAGAGGAUGAUCGAGAUGGAAGAAUACUACAAAUGCCUCAUCUUCAGGAAACUAUAGAGACCCUCAAAGGUCAAUAAAGCUUGUCCUUUGAAAUCUCGUGUUCUCCUUAAGCGAAUGAAAAGGAAAAAAAAGACUGCAGUCAGUACGUGGACAAUAAGAACCAGAUAUUUAUUAAAUAUAAAUUUAAAAUGACCUUUGAAAGCCAAGACAGAUGACUAUGAUGGAAAUAAAGUAGAUCACAAAUGAAGGAGUUACAGAGAUAUAAGCUGAUUGGCUCACUGAUAAAUACAUGCAGCCUGUAAUCGAUGACAAAAGCCUUUUCCGUUCAUUCACAUGCACACAGCCAAAUACACACACACACACACACACACACACACACAGGCCAUUAGAAGAUCAUUACAGGUAGCAGGGUGUCAUUAUGAUGAUGAUGAAAUAAAAGGCUGAGUAUUGCAUGUGGGUAUUGGGUGUACAUUACUGAUAUUAGCAGUAGAACUUGAAUUGUUCAAACAUGAUAAGUCCAGUUGAAGAAAUUCACAACAAAUAAAUUCCAAUGUCAGACUAUAUUAGCUUGAAGGGAAGCAACAACUGGAAUGUUAGUCUGUGAUCGUGCUGAUGAUGAAUUAGUGCUUUUUAUCCCAAACCUGACGGUGCUUACAGACACACACACAAACACACUACAUACACUCCCAGUCCUUCAAAUAAAGCGUUCAGACAGGCUCAAAUUAAAAAUCAUCAUGCUUUGUUUUGAGUUUUAAAAGAAAAAAAGAAUGUUUUGUCUUUUUUUUUCUUAUUUGUUGAUGUUGACUAUUUGUGAGCUUCAGCUAUUUCAUUUAACGGACAAAUAUAAAGGUCAGCUGGAGAGAGGAAGGUCAAAUCCGGGUUUUGGUGCCCUCCCCCACCCCUCACCCCUUUGUGGUGUCACCAUCUCAGGGAUGACACAUUAAGAUAAGAUAAUCACACAUUUUCACUAUGCCACACAACAUGACAGCAAGGUGGAGGUGUACUGUAGGUGAAGGGAGAGGUGAGAUGGGGAUGUUGAGUAGUGUGUCAGACCCUGUUCCCAACUGUACCAGCUUUCAGUCAAAAGAGAUGAGCUGGGCCUCGGCACUGCCAGGCACCACCUGAGGGGGCGGCUGCUGCUGCUGCUGCUGCUGCUGCUGCUGUGGCGCUGGCUGCUGAGGCCCAACAGGGGGAGCCACCUGUCAGAGGCAAGAUCAGACAAAAAGAUUUAAUGAGCCCUUACUAUGCAAAAUAUCCUUUUUUUAAAAUGAUGUAAACAUGUCCUUAGAGCCUGUUUAUGAGCAUCAAACCUGAAAAAAAAAUCAGUCAUCUCCCCACUUGUUUGCUUGAUGCUCAAACGCUCACUUUUUAAGUUCCGGAUUUUCAUGACUUCAACAAAGAAAAACCUCCUUCCACAAGCAAUAUCAUGUCCAAUAUUGCUUCUGACUCGACCCUAACUAGAUGACCCUGCCCCAUGUACACGCCAGCAGGGCCUACUAAAAUUGCAUAAAUAAAUUUUAAU